UUCGCUGGUCUCCCAGUCCCGCGCGCAGCAGCAUCGCCAGUCGCCGGCGGCGAGUCUCCCGGUCUGCAGGUCAUUCCAGAAAGAUGAGGAUAUCUAAUGUCUUUACAGUCACAGCCUAUUGGCAUUUACUGAACGCAUUUACUGUCACAGUUCCCAAAGACCUGUAUGUGGUAGAAUAUGGCAACAAUGUGACAAUUGAAUGCAGAUUCCCAGUAGAAAAACAAUUAGACCUGGCUUCAUUAGUUGUUUACUGGGAAAUGGAGAAUAAGAAAAUUAUUCAGUUUGUUCAUGGAGAGGAAGACCUGAAGGUUCAGGACAGUAGCUACCAUCAGAGGGCCCGGCUGUUGAAGGACCAACUCUUCUUGGGAAAUGCAGCACUUCAGAUCACAGACGUAAAACUGCGGGAUGUGGGAGUUUACCGCUGCAUGAUCAUCUAUGGUGGUGCAGACUACAAGCGGAUUACUUUGAAAGUCAAUGCUCCGUACCGCAAAAUCAACCAAAGAAUUUCCAUGGACCAAGCCACCUCUGAACAUGAACUAACAUGUCAAGCUGAGGGUUACCCCAAGGCUGAAGUCAUCUGGACAAGCAGUGACCAUCGAGUCCUUAGUGGCAAGACCACUACCACCAAUUCCAAGAGGGAGGAGAAGCUUUUAAACGUGACCAGCACGUUGAGAAUCAACGCAACAGCUAACGAGAUUUUCUAUUGCACUUUUCGGAGUGUAAAUCCCGAGGAAAACAGUACAGCUGAGUUAGUCAUUCCAGAAUCACCUCUGGUAUUUACCCCAAAUGAGAGGACCCACCUGAUGAUUCUAGGAGCCUUCCUGUUUUCCUUUGGUGUAGCAUUGAUUGGCAUCUUCUAUCUAAGAAGAGAAGGGGGAAUGAUAGACGUGGAAAAAUGUGGCAUCCGUGAUACAAACUCAAAGAAGCAAAAUGAUACACAAUUGGAGGAGACGUAAUCCAACAUUGACGCUUCUGAUCUUCAAGCAGGGAUUCUCAGUCUGUGGUUUGGGAGUUCCUCAGGGCUGAGCACAACUAGAGGAAGAAAUGAGCCCAUGGGGUGUAGACAUACGGUGUGGCACUCAGAAGGCCCAAACACUACUGAAAAUGGGAACCUGGGGGAAGAAGGGAAGAACAAAGAAAGAUGGAGGAGAAAGGGGAGUCUGAAAAGAGACCCUGGUACUUCAAAAGGACAGAGAGGCUCAUCAGCACAUGUGAAAGGGAGAAAAGGCACUUCCACAUAUGGAGCCUCCCAGCAAAUCAUCCGUGGCUCAUCCUGGGAAAAUGAGUUGAGAAUCCCUGAUGUGAUGGUCAGUUCCUGCAGAAGGGCUCUGCGCCUGCACUCAGUGCCUGGAUUAACUAAGCAGCCCAGUGUUGCAACAGUAUUUAUUGUUUCUAUUUAUUGGGGGGGGGGGAGUUGAAGACAGAGUCUCACUCUGUGCCUUGGGUAGAGUAAGGAUGCAUCAAAGCAAGGCAUCAUAGUUCACAGCAACCUCCAAUUCUUGGGCUCAGGCUCAAGCAAUCGUCUUGCCUGAGCCUCCUCAGAAGCUGGUACUACAGGCACCCACCACAACACCCACUAAUUUUUCUGUUUUAGUAGAGAUGGGCCUGGUCUCAAACUCUUGAGCUCAAGCAAUCCACCAGCCUGGGCUUCCCAGAGUGCUAGGAUAUAGGCAUGAGCCACCACUGCUGGCCUGCUUCUAUUUAGUUUGAGUCUGUGGAGUCUUCUUGUGAUGUAAGAGCGAUUGUGAAUGAUUUCUUUUAAAGAUAUAUUUGAGUAGAUGUUAAAAUUUAGAUUAAGAUUGUUGCUUAGUGACUUGCUUGCAUCCAGUAAAAUAUUAAGUGUUUGUAAGGUGCUUGGUAUCCUCUGUAACCAUAAAUACAAAUAGGAAAUGCAGAGAAUGAGACACUGCUUUGAAUAGGAUUUUACUUUAUUUAACCCACUGAUACUUUGGUUGACUCAACUAAUCUUAGACCAUAAGUGUCUGUUUCAUUUAAAUAUCAACUUUACCAUUAUGUGAUACCCUACAUCCAUUACCUAAUUUCAUCCCUGUUGUAAUAACCCUGUUGUGAUAACCAUUCAUUUUGCAGUUGAGGAAGCUGAGAGACUAAAUAAUUUGCCCAAGCCAGCAAAUAGCAAACCUCAGAUUUCUGCAACUGUCACCCUUUUAGAAAACAAUUUAUAGCAAUUUUACUUUAAGCAAUUAAUUUAUUCAGAAGCUGUUUAUUAAGUGUCCUUGCAAUAUCAAUCACUGUGUCAGGUAUUGAGCCUAUAGAUGUAAGCAAGACAAACUACCUGCUCUCAAGGACCUCAGAAUAGAAUGAACUUGGUAAAAAAAUGUAUUAUUGUGGCCGGGUGCAAUGGUUCACAGUUGUAAUCCUAGCACUCUGGGAGGCCAAGGUGGGAGGAUUGCUGAGAUCAGAAGUUCAAAACCAGCGAGAGCCAGAGUGAGACCCUAUCUCUACCCAAAAUAGAAAAAUUAGCCAGUGUUGUGCUGGGUGUAUAUAGUCCCAGCUACUUCGGAAGCUGAGGCAAGAAGGCUGCUUGUGCCUAGGAGUUUGAGGUUGCUGUGAGCUAGGCUGAAGCCAUGGCACUCUAUCUAUCCUGAGCAAUGGAGUGAGACUGCAUCUCAAAAUAAAAAAAAUUAUUAUUACAGUAUAGUGCCAUGUCAUAACAUAGAUGUUGGAGGAGAAUAAUGGUGUGAGAGAGAAAGUCUAACAAUGUCGCCGAGGGAAGAGUAAGGCCAGUCAAUGUGUUCUGGGACAGUUGGAUAUGCUUAAACAUUUAAUAAUCAAAACAAUUGUAGUUUAUAAGGAGAAGAGAGUAUUUUAAAGAACUGUGGAAUAUAACUAUUGAAUUCCUUUUGCAGCAUUAUAUUUAUCCCUGAUUUAUUUGCCUUCCCCACACAAUCUGAUACUUGUGUGCAUAGUGUCUGGUAUUGUCUGGCAGUUCUUUCUCUUCUAUUUCAAUGCUAUUGAAUUUUGAAUUCAUUCCCUUUUAAUGAUUCAAAAUUCAGAAGAUCUUAUAGGACAUAAUAAAAAAAGAAAAGUCUUCAUCCCAUUCUCCUAGCUUUCCAGGUUCCCUUCCCAAGAGCAACCACUGUUGACUUUUGUAUGUGUAUUCUUCUAAAGAUAUAUUUGGAAAUGUAUAUAUCCAAAUGUUUAUGUUUUAAAUUUGUUUAUGUUUUAAAUUUGUUUUUCUAAGUAGCAACAUUAUGCAUCUGCUGUGCAGUUUGCGAUUUUUAUUUAAUAUAUCUUAUGCAGCUGGAACAUAUUUGAGGCUCUAAGUGGUCUGGAACCACGUCUAUUUUGUUUCUAGGUCAUCUUUCCCAUAGCCUUUCAGUAUUUUUCAUAUGACUUAGUACCUGCUAAAUAUGUUCUACAUAUAGAUUUGGGCACCCAGCAUUUGUUCAGUGCUUGCUCUGUGACUGAGUUUGCAUUUGAUUUAUUUUAUGUUUGGUCAAAGUGAGACCCGUGGGUUCUCCCAGGUAGACUGAGUCAACCUAGUCCCAAAGGGCAAGUUUAUUAUUAACUAUCUAUGACAUUAACAUGUCUGGAAACUUUUCUAUCAUUUUCUUUUGGGUAUAAACUUCAUUGUGAUGCUGUGCUUGCAAAAUUACAUGUUCUUUCUGGAAGUUCCAGCAGUGUUCCUCAACUGCUGGCUGCCCUAGACCCUCAUCUGUGCCAGAAAAGCCUCAUUAGCUGUGUUGGAAACUUUGAAUGACACAAACUGGCAUCACUACUCCUGCCUCUUAAAAUGCUGCUUUCCAGAGGUUUUGAGAUCCAUUUGCCUCUCAAAAGGUCCCAGAGUUUUCUUUCCCUCUUGGUCUUUUAUUGGGAUGGUAAAGAAAAUCUUUGUUUUGCUGAAGGUCAAGACUGAAGAAACAGAAUCUCCCACAAAACUUCUUCUUGUAUCUAUUUGUGUGUGUACAUGUUCAUUUGCGUAACAAUUUGUGUAACAACAUCCUUUGUGUGAAGUACAAGCAAGAAUUCUGUCCCAGCAAGGCUUGUGGUCUACUCACAGCUAGUUCUUACUACCUUCUCAUGGUUUCAUAUUCAGAAGGCACUUUAUCCCUUUGUCUUGUGUUUCAAAGCAAAGAUGAUAACUCUGAAUUUGAUUGUCACUUUUUAUA